GAGGGAGAAGAAGAGAUGAAUAGAAGGCACGAGAAGCGCCUACCAUGACCAAGUGCGCUGUAAAUGUAGGACACACAUCCGAGCUUCCGAGCGGCGUCAAAUCGGGACGCUUGGGCAUCAUGUUCGGACUCGCAUCUCCUCACCGGGCCGCCGCCGUCACCCAGCCGAGCACGGCGACCGUCGCCCGGGGAAAGCCUUCUCGCUCUCUGGUGCCACUAAAUUACAUCACAUCUUUGCGCGAUUAUCAAUGGUAGGCAUUGCGUAAUUGCCACCCCCUCCCCCUUCUUCGUUUUUUUUAUGAUUCUUUUUAAAAAUCUGUCCCGCAUUGUGGAGAAUCGGCUCGCAGCGGUGCUUUGUUUCGCGCUCAUUCGCUCGAGGAUGCCCUUUCCCCGGCCAAAAAGGACUCGCAGCCCGCGUUGAGCGGAGCUGCAGGAUGCGCGUGAGGCCGGCGGCGGACGUGUGCUGCAUUCACGGACGUGGGACACAACGACAGCUGGCCCGCUGCGGGGAUCGGCCCUGUAACCACCUCGACCAGCAGAACCGCGACGGCGGCUUCUCCUCGGCUACUUCUCCCUCCUCCGCGCCGCAGGAGCAUGCUGCCGGCGUGACGAAGGGAUGAGGCCGCGUACGGGCACUCCAGCGGGCCACAGCUGCGGCCUUCUUCUCACCACAGCCGGCGGCGGCGACGACGCUGCGAGACCCGCGAACGCACCACCGUCACCCUCACAUCAGCAUCUUUGGUCAUCGGGUAGAUCCAGGAGCAUGAUCAGAACUUUGAGCUGCGGGAGCAGAUGUCUGGGUACAAGCGCAUGCGGCGGCAGCACCAGAAGCAGCUGAUCGCCUUGGAGAACAGGCUGAAGGCCGAGAUGGACGAGCACAGGCUGAGGCUGCACAAGGAGUUGGAGACACAGACCAACAACACAUACUUGGAACUGGAGAGGCUAGCCAAGCGUCACGUAGCUCAGACCGACAAAGAGAUGAAGUCGUUGGCCGCGGAGGAGAAGCGGAUCCAGCAGCAGAUCUUGGCUCAACAAAAGAAGGAACUGACGUCGCUUUUGGAGAGCCAGAAGAAAGAGUACAGACUCUGCAAGGAUAAAAUCAAAGAGGAGAUGAGUGAGGACCCGUGCACCCCCAAAGAGGAGAAGCAGGAGCGUCUGUCCCGGCACAAGGAGACGGUUCAACGCUCGCAGGCCGAGGACGAAGCCCACCUGCUGGCCACGCAGAGGCUGGUCUAUGAGCGCAGCUGCCGGGCGCUCAAACGCAGGAGUCUGCUCCGGAAGCACGACUUUGAACAGGAGCAACUCCGAGAAGAGCUGAACAAGAAGCUGAGCCAGAAGGAGAUGGAGCAGGCGCUAAUGAUCCGGCAGGAUGAGGGCACGCAGGACUUGGAGCAGCGGCAGCUUCACGUGCUCCACAAACUCCGCGCCGAGCUCAUGCGGAUGCAGCACCGCACCGAGCUGGACAACCAGGACGAGUACAACGACCGCAGGCGGCGCGAACUCGCUCGCAAGCACGCGCUGGAGCACAGGCAGCAGCCCAGAGACCUCAAGACGGUGGAACUGCAGAUCAAGAAGCAGUUCCAGGACACGUGUAAGGUUCAGAACAAGCAGUACAAAGCUCUUCGCAACCACCAGCUGGAGGUGUCACCCAAAGGGGAGCACAAGUGUCUCCUGAAGGGGUUGAAGGAGGAACAGACCCGCAAGCUGGCCGUGUUGGCCGAGCAGUACGAGCACUCAAUCAACCAGAUGAUGGCCUCGCAAGCGAUGAAGCUGGAGGCCGAGCAGGAGUCCGAAUGCGAGGCCCUGAAGCGGCAGCUGAAGCAAGAGAUGGAGCUCCUGGACGCCUACCAAAGGAAGAGCAGCUCUCAGAUGGAGAGCCAGCACGAACGAGAGCUGCAGAAACUCCAGCAGAAGGUCUCCAUUCGUAGGGCCCACCUGGAGCAGAAGAUGGAGGAGGAGCUAUCGGCCCUGCACAAGGAUCGCAGCGAGAGGAUUAAAACUCUGUUGGAGCGUCAGGAGCGUGAGAUUUUGUCCUUCGACAGCGAAACUCGCAUCCUCGGCUUCGGAAGUCUGGGAUCUCUGGAUUUGUUUCCCAAAGACGACAGAUGAAAGUGGACCGGCGGCCGGCCAACUUUUCCUACAUUUCCUUUGGCGGAUAUGGCAGUGGUGGAGAACUCCUUUCCAGGCAGCAAAACGCCACAAUCCGGACGGGUCCUCUCACUCUUGUUGUUGGGAUUCCUCCUUCUCUCGAUUUUUGGUAUGACGUGAAUAAUUCAGGAAAUUUUUUGCUAAAAUGGGCACUUUGAUAUGUUUCAGUACAACUCCAUCUCGCGUGUGUGUAGGUGUGUGUGUGCGUGUGUGUUAUAGCAGGGGUGGGCUAACUCCAUUUUUUAACUCAUUGGCUGCCAUUGACAGUGAUGGAUGUCCAAUCCAUUUCAUCUGGGAGGGAUGGCAGUGAUGAAAUGCUUUUUAGAAUGAUAUAGCAAAUGAUUUAUAUAGUGGUAAACCAGAAAUUUUACUCAAAUACGAGUAGCGUUACUUCAAAAUAAUAUUACUCAAGCCAUCCCAAAAAAUUACUUAAGUAAGAGUAAAAAAAUAUUUUGUGCAAAGAAUACUCACGUAAUGAGUAACUGCUUGCAAUGUCUAAUUUUCUUAUUUUUUUCAAACAAUAUUUUCCUUCGCACAACGACAUCUAUAUGAACUAAGGAGGCAGCUAUCGAUUAUUUAAACAAUUAAUUCAUCAAUUAGUUACUUCCAAUAAUAGAGUAAUCUGAUUCGGAACAAUUAAUGCGUUGCAGAAUAAAUUUCAGGAGAUGUAAAACAAAUACUUGCUAAGAUUGCACUUUCAAAAGAGCGUUAAAUGCAAAUGCAAGUUUUUUUUUAUUCAAAUUUCAUUCAUUUCACAAGAUCAAAAAAUAAAAAAUGUAAAAAUAAAUUAAAAUACCUGAGUUAAGGCUCAAAUGGGAUAUAAAAACUAAUAAAUGAGGAUGGAAGUAUAACAAAAGAACAAGUGGCUAACUUGGAUAGCAAGAGUCAGCUAGCAUAAAUGCUAUAAAUGCUAACUUUUUUUUUUUUUCCAAUGCCCAUAACAAAUCGUUCAAACACAUAUGCCUCCCCCCCAAAAAAAUGCUAAAUAUAGUGGAUGAGGCUAACGUCCGCCUGGCGUAAACAGAGUUCUUCUGGCGAAAAAUAUCGUGAAUAACUGCUAAAAUCCAAGAAUUCUUCAUAGAUAUGGACGUAAAACGGUCUCGAUUCUUGGUUAAAAGCAAAGAAACCGUGCAGUUAGCGUUUAUUUUACGUAUAUUGUCGAAGUACAAUGCUACUCUGUUAGCGAAUUAGGCUCAUGGCAGCCUGGCGUAAACAGAGCUUUUCUGGUGAAAAUUCUUGUGAAUAAAUGCUUAAAUCCCCGAAUUCUUCAUAGAUAUGGACGUAAAACUGUCUCGAUUCUUGGUUAAAAGCAAAGAAACCGUGCAGUUAGCGUUUAUUUUACGUAUAUUGUCUAAGUACAAUGCUACUCUGUUAGCGAAUGAGGCAAGAGGCCGCCUGACGUAAACAGAGCUUUUCUGGUGAAAAUUCUUGUCAAUAAAUGCUUAAAUCCCUGAAUUCUUCAUAAAUAUGGACGUAAAAAAGUUUCGAUUCUUGGUUAAAAGCAAAGAAGCCAUGCAGUUAGCGUUUAUUUUAUGUAUAUUGUCUAAGUACAAUGCUACUCUGUUAGCGAAUGAGGCUAGCGGCCACCUGGCGUAAACAGAGCUUUUCUGGUGAAAAUUCUUGUGAAUAAAUGCUUGUAUCACUUCAUUGAUAUAGACGUAAAACAGUCUCGAUUCUUGGUUAAAAGCAAAGAAACCAUGCAGUUAGCAUUUAUUUUACGUAUAUUGUCGAAGUACAAUGCUACUCUGUUAGGGAAUGAGGCUAGAGGCCGCCUGGCGUAAACAGAGCUCUUCUGGCGAAAAAUAUUGUGAAUAAAUGCUAAAAUCCACAAAUUCUUCAUCGAUAUGGACGUAAAACAGUCUCGAUUCUUGGUUAAAAGCAGAGAAAUCAUGCAGUUAGCGUUUUUUUUACGUAUAUUGUCGAAGUACAAUGCUACUUUGUUAUCGAAUGAGGCUAGCGGCCGCCUGGUGUAAACAGAGCUUUUGUGGCGAAAAUUCUUUUGAAUAAAUGCUUAAAUCCCCGAAUUCUUCAUAGAUCUGUACGUAAAACAGUCUCGAUUCUUGGUUAAAAGCAAAAAAACGUGCAGGUAGAAUUUAUUUUGCAUAAAUAUUGCUAACUAUGAGGCGAGUCAAAAUUAGCCGCCUCCAUGUGUAAACAAAGAAGAAAAUUCCUGCGAAUAAAUGCUUCAGUCACGAAUGCAUGGUACGAAAAUGAUAAUACCGUAUUUACCUUGAAUCCUCAACAAAUCACUCCUGAGACAAUCCUUCCUGUUUGUAUGCGGUACAGCUUUCGUAGUUAUCUAAAUAUCCAAGCUUAAAUCCGACAUGAGUGUGUGCCGUCUUCGGUCAUUACCGUAUUGGCCCGAAUAUAAGACGGUGUUUUUUGCAUUGAAAUAAGACUGAAAAAGAGGGGGUCGUCUUAUAUUCGCCGUCUAGACAUUAUACCCAUUCACAACGCUAGAUGGCGCCAGAUAUCAUUGAAGUGAUGUUCUGUCAUGACAGAUCUCAGCUUCUCUACCCAUUCACGAUGCUAGAUGUCGCCAGAUAUCACUGAAACGAUGUUCUGUCAUGACAGAUCUGAGCUACUCGCAAGUUUAAUCAGUUUGCAUUAUUUUAUUGCAAUGUUUUUCCUUAUUCAGAUUUGAUUCAAGCCUACAGUUACAGUUAGACUUCACUUUGAUGGUUAAUGCAGUUAUUGCAAUUUUGUUGUUUCAUCACAAUAGAUUGGUUUGUUUACAUUUCAAAAACCAGAAGCCAUUCAUUAACGAAUGUGAUUGCACUUUAGUUUACGUAUUUAAAUGUUCAGAUAUUAAGAUUUGAAUAAUGCAAAAUAACAUGCUUUUUCUCUCAAAUAUAUUGUUAUAAUCAUUUGUUUCGGAUGUACUGUAAUUAUUUUCUGUAUAAAAAUUAAUUUGGUGUUCAAAAAGUAUUUUUUCAAACUUGAGACUUGAAAAAGAGGGGGUCGUCUUAUAUUCGGGCCAAUACGGUACUAAAUGAAGCUCAGCCCCCUCUGAUAAGACGUUACGCAAAGAAUGACGAAGUGUCACGUCAAUAGGUUAUGAAGUCUAUGAUUUGACAUAAUACAAAACACGUAGUUAACUCACUUCCUCGUCGGUCCAAUGGUCCCACAGUUGUCGGACUUGUUUUGGCCAUUCUCCACACUUUUUGAAACCCAGAAAGGCUCACACGCCUCUCCCUGGUGCAGCAACAAAAGCCUGCAGCACAUUGGGCUCGCGUAAUGCGAAAAAUAAGCAAAUUAAUUCGCACCAGACAGUUUAAUUUUUUUUUUUUUUUCGUCAAUGUCCUUUUAGGGGCUCCUUAGGCACUCAUUUGAAUACGAUGAAAUUUAAAAAAAAAAGGACAACAAAUAUAUUAUCAUUAUUAUAUUUCUAUUAAUUUAUUCAUUUUAGUUUUACUAUUAUUGUUUUUAUUUACAUUUUCGUAAUAUAAAAUUUAUUUAAAAAAACAGCAUAAAUCAUAUUAAAAAAUACACUAAUAUUUUAUAAUUCAGACCAAAUCACAUUUUGGGUCACACAGGCUGCACUAAAUUACCAAAAAUAGUCACGUUUAAAAUAAAAAUAAUAAAAUAAAUGAUUUAAUCUUUUCAAUCACCCUUUCAUCCAUUUGUAUUAUUUGACCUUAUUGCUGAAACGUUUCGGCCCUUGUGUUGUAAAACCAAUAUGUGGCCCUUGAGCACAAAAGUUUGCCCACCCCUGAGCGUAGACGGACAGUGUUGAAUGUGAUCUUCGGACCCCCGCCGACUCUCAAAGGCGGCGGUCUUCUACUUUUAGCUGCUUUUUUCUUCAGUUUUUCUUUUAGGGAAACGUGAACGGGUGUCACGGCUCCUGUCAUUGCAUGCACUUUAUUAGGGACACAUGACGCAUGGCUGUCUUUGUAAAUAAAGUGGUCAUCUGCAUUUUAGGUUGCAACCCGACGAGGUACCAUAGGUUCGCACAUGCCUUUCAGUUCUCGUGCCUUUUUUUUUUUUUUUUUUUUUUUUUUUUUUUUAAAGUUGAAUUUUCAUCAUUUUUUUUAUUUGCUCAUCAAACUUGUUGUACAUGACCAAUGGUGAGAAUUGUGCUGUUUUUUUAUAUGAAUAUUUGUACUUGCGCAUAUAGUUAGAACAUGUUCAUGCACAGCAGUCUAUUUAUUCAAAUGCCAGGGCGUACAAGUUUUGGGGGAUUUCUAUAAUAAUAGUUGGGAGAUUGUUGAUCAUAAAAAUGGACGUAUUUAGACACACACACAUACAUGCGCGGGAUAUUUUGUGGAUUAUUCACUAGGGUUGCUUAAAUCAUUGACGGUGAUAGACGUCCAAUCUGUUUGUACUGGAGGGGCUGGGUCUGGAGCUGCAAUUUAUGGGGGUCUAUCAUCGUCCAUGGCACUGAGAGAGUUAAGUAUGAUUAGGGGUUUUACCAGUUGGAUGCUUUUCAUGGAAAUCAUUUUUUUUUAAACCUUGUGGUUUCUCCCAAAAUGAUUUGAAAAUGUAUUUGAUUAUUUAUUUUUACGAAAUAAUAAAAAAAGUUUAAAUAUAUGGCGGAAAACACAGACAAGACUGAAAAAGCAGUUUCUGCUCUUGCACUCCUCUUUAAAAGAAACUGCUGUAUUUUAAGCUAAAACAACUCUUGUGUUUGAUAGAACAAUAUGUCAUGUAUAUAUAGCAGAUUCAUGGCACAUUAAGUCCCCGAACUAUUUUUAAUUUGUCCGUUUUACCCUGAAAACCCCCGUUUACAGACGUCGCGCAACCGCUUUUGUUUCAAAAAGAACACAAAGGUAAUUAAUGAUAUUUAUUAUUCAAAAUGUCUGUCGUUUUUAGCUUAGAAUCAUUCAUUGAUGUCUCAUAUUUCGUUUAAAAAAAAAUAAAAACGACUUGAAAAAUUAUUCACUCGCAUAUUUUAAACUUUUAAACAAAUGACGUCAGAAUGAAAAAAAUGGCGUCUGUAAAAAAGUCACGGAUAGCUACAGUAUAUAAAUAUAAAUAUAUAUAUAUAUAUGUAUGUAUGUGUGUAUACACAUAUUAGGGCUGUCAAAAUUAUCGCGUUAACGGGCGGUAAUUAAUUUUUAAAAUUAAUCACGUUAAAAUAUUUGAUGCAAUUAACGCACAUGCCCCGCUCAAACAGAUUAAAAUGACAGCACAGUGCAAUGCCAACUUGUUACUUGUGUUUUUUGGAGUUCUGUCGCCCUCUGCUGGUGCUUGGGUGCGACUCAUUUUAUGGUCUUAAGCACCACCACACUUAAUUAUUGACAUCAACAAUGGCGGGCUACUAGUUUAUUUUUUAUUGGAAAUUUUACAAAUGUUAUUAAAACGAAAACAUUAAGAGGGGUUUUAAAAUAAAAUUUCUAUAACUUGUACUUACAUUUAUCUUUUAAGAACUACAAGUCUUUCUAUCCAUGGAUCGCUUUAACAGAAUGUUAAUCAUGUUAAUGCCAUCUUGUUGAUUUAUUGUUAUAAUAAACAAAUACAGUACUUAUGUACCAUAUGUUGAAUGGACAUAUCCAUCUUGUGUCUCAUCUUUCCAUUCCAACAAUAAUUUACAGAAAAAUAUGGCAUAUUUUAUAGAUGGUUUGAAUUGCGAUUAAUUGCGAUUAAUUACGAUUAGCUAAUUUUUAAGCUGUAAUUAACUCGAUUAAAAAUUUUAAUCGUUUGACAGCCCUAAUAUAUGUAUAUACACAUAUAUGCAAAUAUAUAUAAAAUGUGUUUAGCUGUGGCGACCCAAGAGAGAUGGAUGGAUUGAAUUUAAUUGUGUAUUUGUCCUUCUUAUUCUGAUGAAAGCAGAUGAAACCUGUGAAAAGAAAUUUUCAUUAAAAGAUCAUAAGAUUUUUUGAGGAAAAUAGAAACUUACAUUUUUAAAAAUGACUACUUUAUAGCCCCGCCCCGAAAAAAGAAUCUACUUUUCAUAGAGCUGUUUUCUACACACUCAUUGAAAUAUUUACAAAACUCGAAAUUUGGGAAAAUUAUUCUAACAUUGCAAAAAAAAUUGUGGGAAUCACAAUUCUUACAAUUGAAUUUUCCAUUCACCUAAUUAUUCAUGAUGUAGUAUUUGGGGCAAAGAAAGAACAAAUAGGACUUUGAGGUUAAAGUCAUAUUCUGUCACGGCUGUGUUGUUUUAGCAAAUACGGCUGCUUUUGCUCCUGAAAACGAAAUUUUUAAAAAUGCAAAAAUAUUUUCAAAUAUCCUUUUUAUUUUUAAAAUGUUCCUGUAUUGAUUGAAAUAAUAAGGAGCCCUUAAAGGGACAUCGACAGAAAUAAAAUAAAUUUAAACAAUCUGGUGUGCACCAAAUUGUUUCUAGUGCGCACCAGAAACUAUCUGGUAAACAUGAGCAUUAUAUGGCAUUUAAGCUAGCGGACUUUUAGCCAAUUGCAAGUUAACCAAAUGUGUUAAACAUUAGCAUUAUAAAGCACUUGAGCUAGCAUUUAAGUUAGCCAAUUGCAAAAAUGCAACAAUUGGCUAACUCACAUAGCAUAAGUCCGCAAGCUUAAAUGCUAUAUAAUGCUAAUGUCAACAACAAUUGGCUAAUUUGCAUUGUAAAAGUCCGCUAGCUUAAAUGCUAUAUAAUGGUAUUGUUUACAACAACUGGCUAACUUGCACAGCCAAAGUCCGCUAGCUUAAAUGCUAUAUAAUGGUAAUGUUUACAACAACUGGCUAACUUGCAUAGCAAAAGUCCGCUAGCUUAAAUGCUACAUAAUGGUAAUGUUUACCAGAUUGUUUCUAGUGUGCACCAGAAACUAUAUGGUAAAGAUUAGCAUUAUAUAGCAUUCAAGCUAGCAUUUAAAUCAGCCAAUUGCAAAAAUGCAACAAUUGUCUAACUCAUAUAGAAAAAAUCCGCUAGCUUAAAUGCUAUAUUAUGGUAAUGUUUCCAAACAACUGGUUAACUUACAUAGCAAAAGUCCAAUAGCUUAAAUGCUACAUAAUGCUAAUACUUUACCAGAUAGUUUCUGGUACACACUAGAAACAAUGUAGUGCACACUAGAAACAAUCUGGUACGUACCAGAUUGUUUAAAUUUAUUUUAUUUCUGUCAAUGUCCCUUUAUAGGGGCUCCAUAAAAUCAUGAACAAUACCAUUUGAAUGACAAUAAAAAAAAAAAACCCUUUAAAAUUCCUUCUAUUUUAGAUAAAGAAAUACGUUUUAAAAUGUCAAAACUGAGCAAAGUGUAUCCAAAUCGAUAUUUUCAUCUAAUUUUGACUCAAUUUUUUUCCCAUGAAAAGUUUCCAUUUGGAAAGUUGCAACCCUAGAAGUUCCAAAAAGCGGAAAAGUUCUGCAUGAAAGGUGACCUAUUGUAAGGGUCUCAUGGCCACAAUAUUUGCCAUAUUGUUCAUUGAACAGGUUGCACAAUUUCCAUUUUGGACCAAAUGGAAGAAACAAUUGUUUGGUGCUUCAUUUCUUACACCAAUUUUAGCCUUGACGACCGCCCCACACUCAACAACACACUGAUAAAACCACAAUAGCCCACACAAUAAUAUCUUUCUUUAAGAAAAAAACAAAAAUGUAAAAAACAGGGGGGAAAAUUGCCACUUAGAACUACAGUGGGCUAACUCCAUUUUGAAGAGGAACAUUUUAGAACUGCAGUCAUAUUUAAUAUAUACUAUAUUGGUUAAACAAAUGAAAAUGAUGACUACUUUUCGAUUUAUGGUGACAAAAAUUGAGGCUUUUCUCUAAUAUUGACACAAAAACAUUUUGGACUUUCGGGAUGAUGGUUAUGGAUGUUAAGAAUUUCAUUCAUUUCAUCUUUACAUAGAGCAUUGAAGUUCCCUUGAAAGUAAAGCUGGAAUUAAAUUGUUUGUUGAGCGCAAUAAUGGGCUAUGUCCAAACAUGACUUGUGGACGUCUAUGUUGCUUUAAAGGAAAAAAAAAUGUUUUGUGCAAUAGUGCAAAACAUCCUUUGCAUUUUUAUUCUGUCACCAUUAUCAUUUACUGUAAAUCCUUUGGUUUUAUGGAAGGAAAACAAGUCAAAUGGUAUUUGAGAAAAUAUUUCAGUGCAAUAGUGGUCCACGUCCCAAAAAAGGGGGUAAAAAAAAGAGAAGGACAGUGUGGCUAGGUUCAUACUGCAGGCUUUAAUGCGCAAUCCGAUUUUUUUGUGUUUUUCCGACUCCAGUGAGGUAUUAAUUUGACUGAACGGGAAAAUUCACAUAAAAGUGGAACAUUUCAAAUCCAAUCUAGGUCACUUCUGUUUGUGGUUGAAAUCCGAUCUGGGCCAUAUUUUUUUUGCCAUGUGGCAAAAUUGAUUUUGCCAUGUGGCAUUUUUGGGGGGGGUGUAUAUGACAUUUUGGGGGGUGUAUUGCAGUUCUGCAGGCCAUGCACGUCCAUGACACUGACAGCCCUGCACGUCCAAAUUUUCCAUUCAUGGUCAAAAAUCACAGCCAUUUCUGCCAUUUAAAAUGAAUGGAAAAUUUGGACGUGCAUAGCCAUCAAUGACCUGAAAAAAAUGCCAUACUCCACCCUCCCCCCUCAAAAAAAAAAUCCAUAUGGCAAAAUCAAUUUUGCCACAUGGCAAAAAAAUGCCACAUGGGAAAGAAAAAAUGCCACAUGGCAAAAUCCAUUUUGCCACGUGGCAAAAAAAAAAUCCUCAUGACAAAAAAAAAAAAAAAAACAUGGCAAAAUCCAUUUUAACCUCAUGGCAGAAAAAUGCCACAUGGCAAAAUAAAGUGCCAGAUGGGGAAAAAAAUUGCACAUGGCAAAAUCAAUUUUGCCACAUGGCAAAAAAAAAUGCCACAUGGCAAAUAAAAAAUGCCACAUGGCAAAAUCAAUUUUGCCACAUGGCAAAAAAAUGCCACAUGGCAAAAAAAAAAAAAAAAUCCACAUGACAAAAAAAUGCCACAUGUCAAAAUCAAUUUUGCCACAUGGCAAAAUCAAUUUUGUCACAUGGCAAAGAAAAAAUGCCACACGGCAAAGAAAAAAUGCCACAUGGCGAAAUCAAUUUUGCCACAUGGCAAAAAAAAAAAUGCCACACGGCAAAGAAAAAAUGCCACAUGGCGAAAUCAAUUUUGCCACAUGGCAAAAAAAAUGCCACAUGGCAAAGAAAAAAUGCCACAUGGCAAAAUCCAUUUUGCCACACGGCAAAAAAAAGUGCCACAAGGGAAAAAAUGCCACAUGUCAAAAUCAAUUUUGCUUCAUGGCAAGAAAUAAAAUGCCACAUGGCAAAGAAAAAA